AGGUUUUUGUAAACCGUCAUUCACAUUAGAAUUCCUAUUGGGAGCAAGUACAGUACUGUGGUCCAGCACAAACAGACGAGUCGGGCUGGGAGAAUCUCAGAAGGUCGUGGCUGGAGGGGGCCACUUUGGGAGAAUUUUGAAGAUGAGGAAAACUGAGGUCAGGCAGCACUCUCCCGCUGCAAAGCGCGGCUCUUCCUAUAUGUGCACCUUGAAUCUCCACCCCCUUCCCCCCAGAUGCCUCCCAACCGCGCCGGCAGCUGCUAAAUAUAGCUGUCUGCAUAUGCAACCGCAUACCCCGCUCUAUCCGCCGUAUCUCGGUUACAGAGGGGUCCUCCUCAGGGUCAUCCUAUGUACACACGACAUAUUUCCAGCCAACGAGGAGCGUGAAUCAAACAGUAAGAGAGACAAACAGAGAUAGAUUGGAGCCUGGCACGGGGCACAUAAGGUAGCACGUUAGAGAAAGCCGGCCCCUGGAUUAGUCUUCUGAGUUUGUUUUAAACCCCGUCUUCCCUGGGCCACCUUUAGGAGAUCCCUCGGCUCCCCCGCCCUCCUGCAGUGAAAUUCAGCCUCUAUCCAGCAGCGACAAGUAAAGUAAAGUUCAGGGAAGCUGCUCUUUGGGAUCGCUCCAAAACGAGCUGAGCCUGGAGUGAUGUUUAAGCCAACGUCAGGGCAAGGCAACAGCCCCUGGCCGGCUUCCAGCACCUCUGUAAUGCAUACGAGCUCGGGAGACCGGUACUUAAAGUUGGAGACCCGAGCCCGGGAGUUGGCGGAGCGCGCUCGCGCCGGGCUGCACUUGCUCGCGUCCGGCCGGCCCGCUCCAUCGGACGGGCCGGCUCCCGGGGCAGGGCCGGAGCUCGCGUCGCGGCGGGACAUGCGCUGCGCCGCCUCUAACCGCGGGCUGUGCUCUUCUUCCAGGUGGCCGGUCGGCUGCUGAGCCCUCUGCCGCGGGGGGAGACGGUUUGCGCCUUGCCCGCGGCCACUGACCAUGACCAUGACCCUGCACACCAAAGCGUCUGGCAUGGCCCUGCUGCACCAGAUCCAAGCCAACGAGCUGGAGACCCUGAACCGCCCGCAGCUCAAGAUCCCCCUGGAGCGGCCCCUGAGCGAGGUGUACGUGGACAGCAGCAAGCCCGCCGUGUACAGCUACCCCGAGGGCGCCGCGUACGACUUCAACGCCGCGGCCGCCGCCUCCGCGCCCGUCUACGGCCAGUCGGGCCUCGCCUACGGCCCCGGGUCCGAGGCGGCUGCGUUCGGCGCCAACGGCCUCGGGGGGUUCCCGCCGCUCAACAGCGUGUCUCCGAGCCCGCUGGUGCUCUUGCACCCGCCGCCGCAGCUCUCGCCCUUCCUGCAUCCCCACGGCCAACAGGUGCCCUAUUACCUGGAGAACGAGCCGAGCGGCUAUGCGGUGCGCGAGGCCGGCCCUCCCGCCUUCUACAGGCCAAAUUCAGAUAAUCGGCGCCAGGGUGGCAGAGAGAGAUUGGCCAGCACCAGUGACAAGGGAAGCAUGGCCAUGGAAUCUGCCAAGGAGACUCGCUACUGUGCAGUGUGCAAUGACUAUGCCUCAGGCUACCAUUAUGGAGUUUGGUCUUGCGAGGGCUGUAAGGCCUUCUUCAAGAGAAGUAUUCAAGGACAUAAUGACUACAUGUGUCCAGCUACCAACCAGUGCACGAUUGAUAAAAACAGGAGGAAGAGCUGUCAGGCCUGCCGGCUACGCAAGUGCUACGAAGUGGGCAUGAUGAAAGGGGGGAUACGGAAAGACCGCAGAGGAGGGAGAAUGUUGAAGCACAAGCGCCAGAGAGAUGAUGGGGAGGGCAGGAACGAAGCGGAGCCCUCUGGAGACAGGAGAUCUGCCAACCUUUGGCCAAGCCCACUCUUGAUUAAACACUCUAAGAAGAACAGCCCCGUCUUGUCCCUGACAGCCGAUCAGAUGAUCAGUGCCUUGUUGGAGGCUGAGCCCCCCAUAAUCUAUUCCGAGUACGAUCCUACCAGACCCUUCAGUGAGGCUUCAAUGAUGGGCUUGCUGACCAGCCUUGCAGACAGGGAGCUGGUCCACAUGAUCAACUGGGCGAAGAGGGUGCCAGGAUUUGUGGAUUUGACCCUCCAUGAUCAGGUCCACCUUCUGGAAUGUGCCUGGCUAGAGAUUCUCAUGAUUGGCCUUGUCUGGCGCUCCAUGGAGCACCCAGGGAAGCUCCUGUUUGCUCCUAACUUGCUCCUGGACAGGAACCAGGGAAAAUGUGUUGAGGGCAUGGUGGAGAUCUUUGACAUGUUGCUGGCUACAUCGUCUCGGUUCCGUAUGAUGAAUCUCCAGGGAGAGGAGUUUGUGUGCCUCAAAUCCAUCAUUUUGCUUAAUUCUGGAGUGUACACAUUUCUGUCCAGCACCCUGAAGUCUCUGGAAGAGAAGGACCAUAUCCACCGUGUCCUGGACAAGAUCACAGACACCUUGAUCCAUCUGAUGGCCAAAGCGGGCCUGACUCUGCAGCAACAGCACCGGCGUCUGGCCCAGCUCCUCCUCAUCCUCUCUCACAUCAGGCACAUGAGUAACAAAGGCAUGGAGCAUCUGUACAGCAUGAAGUGCAAGAAUGUGGUGCCUCUCUAUGACCUGCUGCUGGAGAUGCUGGAUGCCCACCGCCUGCACGCCCCAGCCAAUUUCGGGAGCGCACCCACGGAGGACGUGAACCAGAGCCAGCUGGCCACCGCCGGCUCCACUUCAUCACAUUCCUUGCAAACGUAUUACAUCACCGGGGAGGCAGAGAAUUUCCCCACCACGGUCUGAGAGCUCCCCGGCUCCCCCAGGGUUCUGAGGAUCCCCGUCGCACUUUAUCCACGUCAUACAUCACCCUAGCCGACUUCUGCCCCUGCACACACUCUGGCAUGCACCCAGCGCUGGCUUUCUAAUAUGGGUGGCCAUUCAUUUGCUCGCUCAGUUCUAAGUGGCACACCUUCUUUUGGGAACAGCCAAAGGGAUUCCAGGGCUACUUUCUUCGUAACAGCUCUCUCUCUCUCUCUCCCUUUGCUACCUUACUCAGCAUGAGGGUUCCCUUAGCGUUUCAUGACUGAGCUCUGUCUACGAGCUGGGCUCAGAUGACUGUGCACUUUAGCUACUUGUGACCCAAGGCCUGGAGAGUGGACAUUUCACCUCCGUGAAUGUGAAGCACUUUUUAAUGGAUCUUAUUUAAGCAUAAGCCACAGGAAAGAAUUGAAAGUGGCUCCUUUAAUUGCUGACUUGGAGAAAGCUAGGUCCAGGGUUCAUUAUAACAUCCUCUUCUUGUAUUCCUAUAGUAACAUAUCAUUUUAUUAAAGUCAGACCUUAAAGCUUCUGCUCUGUUGCAUGGCUGUAGCAGAAUAUCUGGUGAUUGUCCGCCCACUUCCCCUAUAGGAAUACAAGAUGCACACAGGGAAAGAAGAGCCCCUAAUUGUCAAGACUUUGUCAACUAAAUACACUGCACCUUCAGAUUUGCUGAAUGCUUUACCAUUA